GCUGAGGGAAGAGAGGAAGAAAAUAAAACCCGCGGCCGGAGCCAAAGCUGGAGCUGCCGCCGCCGCCGUCUGGAGCUCCCCCGCGCGGACAGUGCCCGCGAUGCCCGCACGGGGCUCAGGGCGGUGAGGCCCGGGGCGCGGGGUAGCUAUGGCGACAGGGAGCGCGGCCCGCGGCGCCGCCUGACAGGUGUGGGGCCCCGGCGGCGGCGGCGGCGGCGGCGGCGGUGCGGAGCAGCAUGUACGCCAAGGGGGGCAAGGGCUCGGCCGUGCCCUCCGACAGCCAGGCACGAGAGAAGCUGGCGUUGUACGUGUAUGAGUACCUGCUACACGUCGGUGCCCAGAAGUCAGCCCAGACCUUCCUGUCUGAGAUCCGAUGGGAGAAGAACAUUACGCUGGGGGAGCCCCCGGGCUUCCUGCAUUCCUGGUGGUGCGUGUUCUGGGACUUGUACUGUGCAGCGCCCGACCGCAGAGAGGCGUGUGAGCACUCGAGCGAAGCCAAGGCUUUCCAGGACUACAGUGCUGCAGCGGCCCCCAGCCCGGUGAUGGGGAGCAUGGCCCCCAGUGAUGCAAUGGCAUCAGGCCCCAUGGCACCCGGCUUCUUCCAGCCCUUCAUGUCACCGCGGUUCCCAGGGGGCCCCCGGCCCACCCUGCGGAUGCCGAGUCAGCCUCCCGUGGGCCUCCCCGGCUCCCAGCCCCUCCUCCCUGGCACCAUGGAGCCCUCCCCGAGAGCUCAGGGGCAUUCGAGCAUGGGCCCCAUGCAGAGGGUGACGCCUCCCCGGGGCAUGACCAGCAUUGGGCCCCAGAGCUACGGAGGAGGUGGCAUGCGGCCCCCACCCAACUCUCUUGCUGGCCCUGGCUUGCCCACCAUGAACAUGGGCCCCGGCGUGCGCGGCCCGUGGGCCAGCCCCAGCGGCAACUCGAUCCCCUACUCCUCCUCCUCCCCCGGCAGCUACUCGGGACCCCCAGGAGGAGGCGGGCCCCCUGGAACCCCCAUCAUGCCUAGCCCUGGAGACUCCACCAACUCUAGCGAGAACAUGUACACCAUCAUGAACCCCAUCGGGCCGGGCGCCGGCAGGGCUAAUCAGUUCCCGCUUGGCCCUGGUCCGGAGGGCCCCAUGGCCGCCAUGAGUGCGAUGGAGCCUCACCACGUAAACGGAUCCCUGGGCUCGGGCGAUCUGGACGGGUUGCCGAAGAGCUCCCCCGGCGCCGUGGCCGGCCUGAGCAACACCCCGGGCACCCCGCGGGACGACGGCGAGAUGGCGGCCGCCGGGACCUUCCUGCACCCGUUCCCGAGCGAAAGCGUAAGCGACUGCGUCGACUCCCCCCCCGCGGCGGCGUCGGGCCGGAGGGGCCUGGCGGGCAGACCCCGGCGGGGCGGCCGGGGGGCCAGAGCAAGACCGUGACCGCGGCGGGCCAGUACUCCCCCGGGAUGACCAUGAGCGUGUGAUGGGGCCGCAGACCCUUGCCCACUGCCGGCCUCGGCUUCUGCCCAGCGCCCCUUCCCCGGGCCAAGGUCCAGGGGCUCGGGUGGUCCGCAGGGUGAGGGUCUGAGGUCACACCGCGGGCAACUGGACUCCCAGUCAAGGCUUGGAUGGCUGGGAGGCCCCGCACCAAGGACUCAUUCAUUUUAUAUAUAUAUAUAUAUAUUAUAUAUAUUAUAUAUAUAUAUAUAUAUAUAAACAAACACACAAGGACC